AUGGCUGAUGAGGAGGAUCAAUUGUUUACCGUCGAAGACUACGAAAAACGGGCACGGGAAAUACUGCCCUACGUCUACCUGCUUUACUACAGCUCCGGGCGAGAACGAGGAUGGUGCUUCAAAGAAAGCACAGAGGCAUUUUCAAGAUAUCGAAUCCGAAACCGUGUUCUUCAAGGGAUAUCCCAUCGGAGCCUCUCAACGACAGUCCUUGGAGAGCAGAUCCAGUACCCUAUUGGUAUAGCACCUACGGCUCUUCAUGCUGCAGCCCAUCCCAAUGCCGAAGCAGAAACCGCCAGAGGUGAAUUGGCGACAUCUCGUCUCUUCUCGUCACCUAUCGGAGGUGAUGACAAGAUCUCGGCUCUUCUCGUCAUAUCAGGAAGUGAUUUUAACAAGUUCUCGGCAUCACAGGGAGGUGCUGCAGCAGCAGAAGCUCUCAUGGUCCUCUCCGUCGUCUCCAGUACAACCAUUGCUGAUGUUUCGGCAACUGCUCCAGGUGGCCUCCGUUGGAUGCAGACAUAUCUCUUCAAUGAUCGUUUACUGACACAGCACGUCGUACGUGAAGCUGAGAGUGCGGGCUUCAAAGCUCUCGUGAUCACUGUUGACUCGCCUGUUCUCGGUAUUGACUCAAAAGUCCGAGCAGCUCUGAACAAGGAGACAGCCAGUUUUGCAUUUCCAGCAGCCAAGGCAGAAGGAGACACAAGAUAUGUACAAUAUUUACAUCAGAUGCAGUAUAAUGACUCGGCUACUUGGGAGGACAUUAGAUGGAUAAAAUCAAUAACAAAUCUUCCAAUUGUCUGUAAGGGAAUUGUGUCUGCUGACUCGGCAAGGGAAGCAGCGGACGCAGGGGUUGAUGGGAUACUGGUGUCAGCUCAUGGUGGAAGACAAUCAGAUGGUGUUCCUGCUCCAAUCGAUGCAUUGGCCGAGGUAGUAUAUGCAGUCCGUGGUCGUGGGAUAGAGGUAUACAUGAAUGGAGGAAUAAGGACAGGAACAGAUGUCUUCAAGGCUCUUGGGAGGGGUGCAAGAGCUGUGUUUGUAGGAAGACCUAUUUUGUGGGGACUAGCUUGCCAGGGUUCCAAAGGUGUUUCAAAUAUUUUGGAAAUUCUCAGAAGCGAACUAGACAAUGCCUUAGCAAACAGUGGUUGUACGAGUCCUGAUUGUAUCCCAUCUGAUAUGGUUGUCCAUGAAUCAUAUUAUCAUCGGAAUCCCCCAAAGAGCAAGAUGUAGUUUG